AUGCCGCCCAAAAAGCCCUCACCCGCCAACCCUUCUGUCUCAGCCGCCCGCUUCGUCCCCAUGGACGAAGACACACCCGGCGCCGCCCCAGCCUCGACCUCGGCCGCCACCAGCCAUCAGCCCCCACAACCAGCAGAAGGCCGCCCCGACACGUCCAUGACGACCGCCAACGCGGGCCCCAGCGGCGGCGCCGGCGGGCCCCGGCCCGAAGAAGGCAGCAGCAAGCCCGAGAAGGCGUCGGCCAAGGACAAGGACCGCGACGCCGUCACCAUUGAGGACCUCACCCUGCCGCGCUCCAUCAUCACGCGCCUCGCCAAGGGCGUGCUGCCGCCCGGCACGCAGAUCCAGGCCAACGCCAUCCUGGCGCUCAACAAGAGCGCCGCCGUCUUUGUCAACUACCUCGCCACCCACGCAAACGAACACACCCUCAACGCCGGCAAGAAGACGAUCGACCCGACGCACGUUUUCAAGGCCCUCGAGGACACGGAGCUGUCGUUCCUGAAGGAGCCCCUGGAGGCCGAAUUCGCGAAAUACGCCCAGACAAAGUCGGAGAAGCGCAUCGACUACCGCCGGCGCCAGCGCGAGGGCUUCACCGGCGCCGGCGGCCCCGCGGCCUCGGCGGCAGGGACCGGCCCCGGAGACGACUCCCACAUGGGCGACGUGUCGACCAUGUCGGCGCCGGGGCCGGAUGACACGUUCACCGCCGCCACCGGGGAUGCUGCCACCGGCGGCGAGGCGCGCGAUCAGCCACGGGCCAAGAAGGCGAGGAUCGCGGUGGGGGCGGGGGCCGCCGCCGCCGCCGCCGCUGCUGCUGCUGGCGGGGUCGGAGCGGCGGGUGGUGACGACACGGAGCCGGAGGAGGCGGCGGAGGAGGAAGGCGAGGACGGCGAUGAGACGGAUGAGGCGGAGGACGACGACGAGGAGGCAGAGGACGAUGAGGAGGAGGAGGAGGAAGAAGAAGGGGACAGUGAAGCUGACGAGACGGUCGAUGCUCUGGAAGGAGACGAGGACAGGGUUGACCGGGAGGAGGCUGACGAGGCCUUGGAUGGCAAUGACAGUGAUUAA